AUGCGCUUACGGUUUUGCUUGGCUUCUCAGGCUGGAAACAUUCUUAAUAAAUUUCCACUUGCAGCAAGCUAUUCACAGAUUCGCAUGAAAUACAAAUAUGUUGGUGAAUCAGCUAAGUCUGAUGGUACACUAUUGGGUGAUUUCCGCAAAGCUAUGCACUACAUGUUCAUGACAGAGCUUGUAAGAGGUAUGGGUAUAAUUGCUGGUCAUUAUUUCAUGGAGCCUGCAACAAUAAAUUACCCAUUCGAGAAAGGUCCAUUGAGCUCACGUUUCCGUGGUGAGCAUGCGCUUCGAAGGUAUCCAUCCGGCGAAGAACGCUGUAUAGCCUGCAAGCUAUGCGAAGCGAUAUGUCCUGCACAAGCAAUAACGAUUGAAGCUGAAGCAAGGCCAGAUGGAAGUCGGCGAACUACACGUUAUGAUAUCGAUAUGACAAAGUGUAUUUACUGUGGAUUAUGUCAGGAGGCUUGUCCGGUUGAUGCCAUUGUUGAGGGUCCGAAUUUUGAAUAUUCAACGGAAACUCAUGAGGAGCUGCUGUAUAACAAAGAGAAACUUCUGCUAAAUGGUGAUCGAUGGGAGCCGGAAUUGGCAGCAAAUUUACAAGCCGAAUAUCUAUACCGUUAG